AUGAAUUAAGAAAUUCAAGUUGAAUAAAAACUCUCAUUAUAUGAUAUUGUUAAGGAAAAAAGAGAGGAAAAGCAAGUGCCAAUUAGUAGAAUGGUUUAUGCUACUUACUUUAGUGAAAGCGCUAUUCAAAAAAUUGAUGUUGAAUAAGUUUUGACUAAAUAAGUUAUAUUAUUUUUAGAUUUUAGAUUAAAGAGUUGAGUGACACUCAAGGUUAAAUAUCUGGAUUUCUUUUAAUUUGAGGUCUUUUUAGCUUGCAUCUAGUAGAAACUUAAUCACAUGUUAUGAAUCUUUGGAUGCGUAAUCUAUAUGCUGAGUAUAGAAAAGAAAAGAACAUUUAUAGCAUGAUUAAUAUUGUAACUGUGAAUGAAGACAAUCCUACUAGAUGUUUUGAUAGGUGGUAUUGUGAAAACUUGUUUUAAACCGGUCCUCAAUUAUCAGACAUGGAUAAAACAGAAGCUUAGUGUUAAGAAAGAGUUUGGGAAUUAUAUUAAUAAGUUUGUAAUGCUGGAAUUAAACACAGUGCAAGAACUUAAAAAGAUAAAUAAUAAAAUAAAAUAGCUAAUGAUGUUCCCAUUACUUUGGAUGAUAUCAACAUGUUACUACAUAAAAGAUUUAUGUCAAUUGAAGAAUAUAAUGAAUUAUAUUUAGGAGACAUCAAAAUUGAAUUAGAAUAAGAAAAGGUUUAUCCUCAAACAUUACCCUUAACAAGAGCAUUAGAAUAUAAAGAUUUAGGAGAAUGA